AUGUCUUGUGAAAACGAACAUUUCCAUGGCCAUAGCCAUUCCCACGGCGGCGACGACGGUGGCGACGACCACGUACCGCCCAUUCCAACAUCUGUGGCCACCCUGCUUAACCUGAAAGUCGAUUUGCCACACGUUACAGCGCUCAAUUUGGAAAACAAGCCAGACGACCUCCAGAAGUUGUUUAAAAACGGCAACUCCAGGUAUUCGUUGAAGCCAAUUAUUAAACUGGACGCUGACGAGCAGCUUAUACUUCAUAUCCCGUUUUUGAACGGAUCCGUAAAGCUCCAUCUGAUCAUUAUUAGAUCAAAUGGUGAUAAGUACUGUCCUAAGACAAUCAAGGUCUGGAAGAACAACAGAGAUAUUGAUUUUGAUAACGUGGAGCUGGUGAAACCGCUUCAUUCGUUGGAACAUCCAAAUGUGGGUGUCAAUUACAAUGAAGACAGUGAUUGUGAAGAAGAAGUGCCUGAGUCGCUUGAAGACGAUGCAGACUUUGUAGAACACCAUGUGCCCAGGCAUAUUUUUACGGGGAUUCAGCACUUGACGUUGUUUUUUAAAGAUAUUUAUGGCGACGAGGAGCAGGUGCAUUUGCACUCGAUUGAGCUUCGAGGCGAGUUUACUGAGCUUUCGAAGGAUCCAGUGAUUACGUUGUACGAGCUGGCGCCGAAUCCGGCGGAUCAUAAGAUUGCAGAGGCUACGAAGCAGACGGGAGAGCAUUUUAGGUGA